UUAUUCGUUCGCUAAAGAUUUUAUAAAAGUGCAUUACAGAGGAAGCGGAAGAGGAAGGGGACGUCUUUCUAGAAGAGAUGAUCCAGAUCCAUGCAGAUGCUUGGGUUGUUUCAAUCUGAGUGUGUACACGACUGAAAAAGAUCUUCGAGAGUUAUUCGGAGAGUUUGGAGAAAUUGAAAAGGUCGAAUUGGUCUACGAUCACCCAACUGGACGUUCUCGUGGUUUUGGUUUUGUGUACUUCGAGCGCCUUGAGGAUGCAUGUGCUGCGCGUGACAAGCUAUCUGGACAAGAAAUUGAUGGGCAUAAGAUUCGUGUUGACUAUUCGCUAACGAAAAGAGCACAUACCCCAACACCUGGUCAAUACAUGGGUGCGACUCGUGGCAGUCGAAGAAAUUAUGGCUACGGUAGCGGUGGAUAUAAGAGUGAACGCAGAGAAUCGUACCGUGAUGGUUAUGCUGGUCGCAGUAGCCGGUAA